UGCAUCCCUACCUUCAUAUCUCGACCACCAAAGUUCCUUAAUACUCUAUAAGCGAAUUUAGCUUUCACCAUGGCUUCAGACACUAUCCGAAUUGGCUAUGUACCCGAGCACUACCUUGCCCCUCUUCAUCUCGCCCUCCGCUCCUCCGCCGCCGCCUCGCUUCCAUACAAGGUCUCGUUGGUUCCCUUCCCCUCCGGAACGGGACACAUGAUCACCUCCCUUCGCGAGAAGGAGAUUGACCUCGCCAUCGGACUUACAGAGGGUUGGGUUGCUGGGCUGGCUGGCAAACAGCAGGCACAAAAGGAUGUCUCCACGGAUGGGUACAAGAUGGUCGGACACUGGGUCGACACCCCGUUGCGGUGGGCCAUUGUCACAGGUCGGGAAAGAAAUGAUACCAACGGGGUGGCUGACCUGAAGGAUAAGAGAGUUGGAGUUAGUCGACUGGGAAGUGGCUCCCACAUCAUGUCUUUUGUCCUUGCUCAGCAGCAGGGCUGGAACUCCGACUCGUUGAGUACCAUUCCACUGGGUCCUUUCAAAGAUCUCCGAAAUGGAGUGACUGGAAAGGAUGAGGCCAAUCCCGAACAAGCCCCUAACCCAACCGCCGAGUUCUUCAUGUGGGAGCAAUUCACUACGAAACCACACUUCCACCCAACAGAGGAGAAUCCCCAGCCACCACUCAAGAAGAUCGGAGAGAUCUUCACCCCGUGGCCAUCUUGGAUGAUUGUCGCAUCCACCUCUGUCUUCCCGGAUCCCGAGAACGACCAGAGGUUGGAGAAGCUGUUCCAGGUCUUGGACCAGGGUAUCCGGGACUUUGAGGCCGACACUGCGCAGGUUGUGAAGCUCCUGGGCACUGGCGAUUUUGGAUGCCAUUAUGUGGCCGAUGAUGCCCUUGAGUGGCUGAAGGACGUCAAGUUUACCAACUCCACCAGGGGCAUUGACUCCAAGAUUGUUGGAAACGUCGUGGAUAUUCUCAAGGUUGCUGGUGUCAUUGAUGCCGGCUUGAAGAACGAAGAUGCUAUUCAGAGGGUCAUUGGAAUCCAGCGUGGUGGACAAUAGGUGCCUUAUAUCGCUAAACUACCAACAUAAACGUUGAGAAGUAUAAACUAUCUCUUUACGUGUUUCAUAGUCAAUAUCAGCAAUUCUUUUGUACAAACCCUUUAUCCUUGCAUUUAUAGUUGCUUUUCUACCGAUUGUCCUAUUCCAUGGACGCAAAGACAGUCAGCUUGGGUGUCCUUCUAGUAGCCAAAUCCAGUUCGAC